CGCCCUCACGCUGAUUGGCCGCCGGGAACACUCCGCACAGUUGUCAUUGGCUGGGCUGGCUGGACAAUUGCCGGGCAGCCUGCAAGGGAGACUCUCAGCACGUGCCGAUCCUGCAGGCAGCUGUCACUUCCGUGUUCCUGCUGUUAUCCCUGCUAGCCAGUGUUGUAAGUUGCCACCAUGUCGUCCACCUCCCUGACAGCCGUGGUCCGCAACUUCUAUGAUGAAUACAUGAAGAACACGCCCAAGAAAUUGAAGAUUGUGGAUGCCUACCUCUCCUAUGUACUGCUGACUGGCAUCCUUCAGUUUGUGUAUUGUUGUCUGGUGGGCACCUUCCCCUUCAACUCCUUCCUGUCCGGCUUCAUCUGUACUGUAGGGUGCUUCGUGUUAGGAGUGAGUCUGAGGUUACAAGCAAACCCACAGAACAAGAUGCACUUCAUGGGCAUCUCACCUGAGCGUGGAUUUGCCGACUUCAUCUUCUCGCACAUCAUCCUCCACCUGGUGACCAUGAACUUCAUCGGCUGAGCUCCACAUUCUGCCCUUCUUCAUCCCUUCCACCACUACCACCACCACAGCCUCCAUCUCUGUUGUUGCUGGUGUUUCCUUAUUGUUGUUGGCUUUGACUUAGUUUAUCAUUUCCUCUUUGGUUGUAAAUCUUUCUUUCAGACUCACUCACUCCCUCUUCUUUCCCUUUGCCAUGAGUGUGUGGGUAGGAAUACUGUUUAUAUAUUUUUCUAGGGUGUGGUUUCUCCCUUAUCUGGGAUGUUGUGCUGUGCUCCCCACUAAGUAGUCUCCAGCACACGUGAUUCUGUGGUGAUUCAACCCUUCAAUUUUUACUGCAGCAUGUUAAUUGAUUUGAAAUAAAGUGUAUGUUUAUUACACAAAAGAAAGGAUCAACAGCAGCUCCACUUCACUUCUUGAUACACUGAAGAUUUGUUUUUUACAGAAUACAUUUUCUUUCUAAGGCGAGGCAAUACAUGGAGUGUGUUGAUGUUCAUAAUAAAACAGACAUUGUAA